AUGUUGAAGUUUGCCGUAGUGAGAGGUGGCCUCGGCCUGCUCUCCGUCAGGAGGGCGUGUUUCCUGUCCCGAUCCUCCCACUCUGCCCCUCAGAACGAGUACCGACCCAUCAAGAAAGUCAUGGUGGCCAACAGAGGGGAAAUUGCCAUCAGAGUGUUCAGAGCCUGCACUGAGCUGGGGAUUCGCACCGUGGCCGUUUACUCGGAGCAAGACACUGGCCAGAUGCACAGGCAGAAAGCAGAUGAGGCUUACCUGAUUGGAAAAGGCCUGCCUCCAGUUGCAGCGUACCUGCACAUUCCAGACAUCAUCAAAGUCGCAAAGGACAACGGCGUGGACGCUAUCCAUCCCGGCUACGGCUUCCUCUCGGAGCGGGCAGACUUCGCUCAGGCCUGCUCAGAUGCAGGAGUCAGGUUUGUCGGGCCGAGCCCAGACACGGUCCGCAAGAUGGGAGACAAAGUAGAGGCUCGCUCGCUGGCCAUCAGCGCAGGUGUUCCUGUGGUCCCAGGAACGGAUUGCCCCAUCUCCAGCAUGCAGGAGGCGCACGCCUUUGCCCAGACGUACGGCUUCCCCAUCAUCUUCAAAGCCGCCUACGGAGGAGGAGGUCGAGGCAUGAGGGUGGUCAGGGAGUACGAGGAGCUGGAGGAGAACUACCAGCGGGCGUACUCUGAGGCCCUGACGGCCUUCGGGAACGGAGCGCUGUUUGUUGAGAAGUUUAUCGAGAAGCCGAGACACAUCGAAGUCCAGAUCCUCGGUGAUAAAUAUGGUAAUGUCGUCCAUCUGUACGAGAGAGACUGCUCCAUUCAGCGGAGACACCAGAAGGUUGUGGAGAUCGCUCCUGGCUUCCAGCUGGACCCUCACCUGAGAGACAGACUUCAUGCUGAUGCCGUCAACCUGGCCAAACAGGUGGGAUACGAGAACGCAGGAACCGUGGAGUUCCUGGUGGACAAGCACGGAAAACACUACUUCAUUGAGGUCAACUCCCGGCUCCAGGUGGAGCACACAGUCACCGAGGAAAUCACGGACGUGGACCUGGUGCACGCCCAGCUGCGCGUGUGCGAAGGCCGCAGCCUGCCAGAUCUGGGCCUGAAACAAGACAAGAUCAGGGUGAACGGCUGCGCCAUCCAGUGCAGAGUGACGACCGAGGACCCUGCCAGGGGCUUCCAGCCAGACACGGGCAGAAUCGAGGUCUUUAGGAGUGGCGAAGGCAUGGGUAUCCGUCUGGACAGCGCUUCAGCCUUCCAGGGCGCCAUCAUCUCGCCUCACUAUGACUCGCUGCUCGUGAAAGUGAUCGCCAGCGGAAAGGACCUGAACACGGCCGCCUCCAAGAUGAGCCGAGCCCUGGCGGAGUUCAGAGUGCGAGGGGUCAAGACCAACAUCCCGUUCCUCCAGAAUGUCCUGUCCAACCACCAGUUCCUGCACUCCACUGUGGACACCCAGUUCAUUGACGAGAAUCCAGAGCUCUUCAACCUCAAACCCACCCAGAACCGAGCACAGAAACUGCUACACUACCUCGGUCAUGUGAUGGUUAAUGGACCAACUACACCUAUUCCAGUCAAGGCAAAGCCCUCCUCCACGGACCCAGUCAUCCCAUCUGUCACCAUGGCCGACCCACCCAUGGGUUUCCGUGAAGUCCUGCUGCGUGACGGCCCCGAGGGCUUUGCCAAGGCUGUCCGGGCCCACCAGGGUCUGCUGCUAAUGGACACAACAUUCAGGGACGCCCACCAGUCGCUCCUGGCAACAAGGGUCCGGACUCACGACCUGAAGAAGAUCUCCCCGUUCGUCAGCCACAACUUCAGCAACCUCUUCAGCCUGGAGAACUGGGGAGGUGCUACCUUUGACGUGGCCAUGCGAUUCUUGUCCGAAUGUCCGUGGAAGAGACUCCAGGAGCUGAGAGCUUUGAUCCCAAAUGUCCCGUUCCAGAUGCUGCUGAGAGGCGCCAACGCUGUGGGCUACACCAACUACCCCGACAACGCUGUCUUUAAGUUCUGCGAGGUGGCCAAAGAGAAUGGCAUGGAUAUCUUCCGUGUGUUCGACUCCCUCAACUACCUGCCCAACAUGCUGCUGGGCAUGGAAGCCGCUGGAGCGGCGGGCGGCGUGGUCGAGGCCGCCAUCUCCUACACGGGCGACGUCUCCGACCCGAUGAGGCAGAAAUACUCCCUGGACUACUACGUGAAGCUGGCCGACGAGCUCGUCAAAGCCGGGACUCACAUCCUCUCCAUCAAGGAUAUGGCUGGCUUGCUGAAGCCCGAAGCCAGCAAGCUUCUGAUCGGCGCAUUGAGGGAUCGCUUCCCAGAUGUGCCCAUUCACGUGCACACACACGACACGGCUGGAGCAGGCGUGGCCGCCAUGUUGGCCUGUGCUGAAGCAGGAGCGGAUGUAGUCGACGUAGCUGUUGACUCUAUGGCUGGGAUGACGUCUCAGCCCAGCAUGGGGGCCAUUGUUGCCUGCACCAAAGGGACCAAAUUGGAUACUGGCAUUGCUCUGGAGAAGGUGUUCGACUACAGCGAGUACUGGGAGGUCACCAGAGGCCUCUACGCUCCGUUCGACUGCACUGCCACCAUGAAGUCAGGCAACGCUGACGUCUACGAGAACGAGAUACCUGGAGGACAGUAUACCAACCUGCACUUCCAGGCUCACAGUAUGGGGCUGGGAAAUAAGUUCAAGGAGGUGAAGAAGGCUUACGCCGAAGCAAACAAACUACUAGGAGACCUCAUUAAGGUGACUCCAUCUUCAAAGAUCGUGGGUGAUCUGGCUCAGUUCAUGGUGCAGAACAACCUGACCAGAGCAGAGGUGGAGGAGAGGGCCGAUGAGCUGUCCUUCCCACAGUCCGUGGUUGAAUUCCUACAGGGAUAUGUCGGGAUACCACAUGGCGGCUUCCCCGAACCCUUCAGAUCCAAGGUGCUGAAGUCCCUGCCUCGUAUUGAAGGUCGUCCUGGUGCCUCUCUGCCACCACUGGACUUUAAGGCCCUGGAGGAGGGACUCCGAGCUGCACAUGGGGACGAGAUCACCCCUGAGGAUGUAAUGUCAGCAGCCAUGUACCCCAAGGUGUUCCAGGAGUUCAAGGACUUCACCGCUAACUUUGGCCCAGUGGACUGUCUCAGCACCAGGCUGUUCCUGGAUGGACCCAAGAUUGCAGAGGAGUUUGAGGUGGAGCUGGAGAGAGGAAAGACCCUCCACAUCAAGGCUCUGGCGCUGGGCGACCUGAACAAGGCCGGGCAGAGAGAGGUGUUCUUUGAGCUGAACGGACAGCUGAGGUCGGUGCUGGUCAAAGACACCGUGGCCAUGAAGGAAAUGAAGUUCCAUCCCAAGGCUCAGAAGUCCAUCAAGGGUCAGGUGGGAGCGCCGAUGCCCGGAAAAGUCCUGGAGGUCAAAGUUAAAGUCGGAUCCAAGGUGGAGAAGGGUCAGCCGCUCUGCGUCCUGUCGGCCAUGAAGAUGGAGACGGUGGUCAACUCGCCCAUAAGCGGGACGGUCAAGGCGGUCCACGUGGAGCCGGAAACCUCUCUGGAGGGAGAUGACCUGAUACUGGAGAUCGAGGAGUAGAGGGAGGAAGGGGUGGAGGCAGAGAGAGGGAGGGAGGGAGAGGGCAGCGGGACGUAGACGAUGAGAUGGUAGAAAAAAACUGAUGGAGGUGGAGCAAGGCGCUGGGUUUGUACAUAUUAGGCUUAGCCAUCAGUACAAGUAAUGAAGCUCUAUGCAUAUCAUGGCACCUGAUGGAUGUAGAGGCGGUCGUGAAAUUUAACAGUUCAACGUCUUUACUAAUCUUCUGUCACAUUGUGGAAACUAAGCUGAAUGAAUAUUUCAUAUUUAAAUCAUGAUACAUUCCUCUGCAUAGUCUUAAACAUGAUGCGCUGCAACGAGCCAACCACGUGGAACACUAACCGGGUCGUAAAACACCUACUUGAAAUAAAAAACGCCACAUUUUCCAGGUCAGCGGCGUUCGUCUGAUGCUGUUGCUCUUAGAGCGGCGAGAUUCAACAGACUGCUGCCGUGUUUGUUUGUUUUUUUAAUUAGCAGGGGUCUCUGGGGAGGUAUUACCAAAUAUUGUGAAAUCAAAACGCAAUCUUUUAUGCUCACCUUUAGAAGAAUAUGAAUCCUUGGCCCUGGCCGCGCUGCAUUCUGGGAAUGUGUAAUCACUGCAAGUGUUUAACUCUCACUUUUUUUUUCAAAGAAAAUGAGUUCACAGGUGAAAAAGUGCACAGAAAAUAUUUAGAAAACACAAAGCACAGCAACAACAGUUAUUCUCUCCCGACACAAAAUGAAAAAAAACACGUUCUGUUACUGCAUCAGUAAUUACUUUUAGUUUCGUCCCAAAUACAGUUCAUUUAAAAUUCCCAAAUGGGCCGUUUCAGAACCGCUUAAGCUCCACCUGUCGUAUUGUUUUAGGUUUCCAGAGAACAAAGUUUUUGCCCUUUUCUCUUCAUGGCCAGAACGUGGUGAACGCUUUUUAUCGGGGUUUCUUCGUUAAAUGGGAUUACAGCAUGUCACUUUUAAUGGGGUCACAUUUUUUUCCCCCUUGCCUCCCCUUAUGAAUAAAUAGUCAGUCAACUAAUGUGAAAUUAGCCGGGCUAAGAGGAGACUCUGGAGACUCCUGGUGGCAGCAGCGCUUGUCUUUAUAUUUCCGACGUGUGCGCGUGUGUGUUUGCAUAAACAAGUCAAAUAUAAGGACGGACUCCAUGAGGCCUCUGCAGCACACCCCUGAGAUGAAAACCCAUUCGAAUGGAGAUGAAAUAUUCAUGCUCACACAUGCCCCUGUUCAGAAAUACUCCUGCUGGCCUCUGUGUGCUGCAUGCAUUAAAGGAAAAAAAACAAAACACAGUCUCUGCACAGAGGGGGUGUGGCUGUGUCCUCCGUAACGACACCGUCCAAAAACAUUUAACGCAGAGAUGACUGUCGCUUCGUAACGAGUCUGAAUUCAGUGUUAAUGCAGGUGCUGACCAAAUGUUUAAACACCUAAAGCACAACUCGGAGGUAAAAGCAUAUUUCUGCUGUUUACAGUGAAGGUUUGACAAACUUAGACAAAAUGUCUGUUUUGUUGCCUGUAGAGAUGAAACGGGUAAAGAUGACUGUUUCUGAUGAGUUGAUGUACGUUACAGUGAAGUCCUCUCCUGUCUGUCACCGCCCCAUGUUUUCUCCCUCCCUCCUGUUUGCUUACCAUGUUUUUGCACAUGCAAGAUAUUAUCGAUUAACGCAAUAAUGUAAACUGUCCCGUAACUCUGUGCAUCUCAGCCUGAGGCGGCUCUUUAACAGCCUUGCUCUGGUUAUGUACCCAUGUCUGUCAAAGAAAAAAACAACAACAAUAAACCAGAGAAAAAAACUCAA